AUGCUAAAAGCGCUUUCCGCUGGACUCAAAUCUCCGUUGCUAGUCACUGUGCCACAUCCUCGAUAUCCUCAAGCAGAACUGGUCUCUGCUCUUGGUGCCUUGAUACCUCUCUAUACUCCGCUCAAUGUUCGUGAAGAAGAGCCGAAGAAGAAGUUUGACCAGUUUGGCUUGCUUCCUCUGAGUUCGGACCGCUUGGUGAACCUCGUAGAAGCCUUUGAAGCAGCAUUUACCGUAAGUCGUGACAUAGCGGAGACUGGACCUGAGCGAAUGUCACCACCCAAUGUAGCAGACUACGUUAGGACAGCGUUUAUUGGAGGAAAUGUCGACGUCGAAAUUACUGAUGACCAAAGAAUCAUCGAGAAAGAAUAUCCGCUUAUGGCUGCCGUGAAUCGCUGUGCCAAUACCGUGAAAAAUCACGAAGCUCGUCUUAUUCGUCUGGAAUACGUCGGAAAAGGGACCAUAGAAAACACUUAUAUGAUGGUUGGCAAGGGAGUAACGAUUGAUACUGGUGGCGCCGAUUUGAAAACAGGUGGACAUAUGUGGGGAAUGUGUCGUGACAAGUAUGGUAGUGCUAUAGUCGCUGGUUUCUUCAAAGUUCUGGAUAUUUUGAAACCAAGGAACCUGAAGGCCGUUGGUUACAUGUGUAUGGUUCGCAACAGCAUAGGUGCAAAUUCUUACACUUGCGAUGAAGUGAUCAAGGCUCGAAGUGGUAAACGAAUACAUAUCUACAACACUGACGCUGAAGGA